UUUUUCUCAUUUAUUGAAACUUCUUCAACGAGUUCAGAUCAUUAAAGUUUUGAUUAAGGAAUUAAAUAUAUUUUGUUAUGUGCUUUGGCGAAUCCUUACCAAUUGCUGAUAUGGAAACGAUUUCUAUUGAACCUGAUUCACAUAUUCCAAUCCAGUUGCAAUCAUCUGACAAUAUUGUUACUGCUUCAGAAAGUCCAAGAGACAUUGUAUCAGUCUCCUAUCGAAUGCCAGACAUGAAUGAAGAAUUUAUGGAACAGUAUCCUGAAAUGUUUGAUGCUGACGCUCCAACCAGGAGAAAUACAAUACCCAGAAGAUCUCCAAAACUAUCAAGUGAUGAUGAAGAUUUCACUCCACCUGCAAACUCAACAAUGAUAAAGUCUCGACCAAAAAGUCGUGGACGUAGACCAGCAUCUCGAACACGAAGCAAAACUCAGCGAUCUAAAAGCAUUAAGCCAUCCAAAAGUCGACAACGAUCAACCACUCGGAAAACCAAAAGUCGCUCAAGAUCACGAAGUGCAUCAGCUAGUCGCAAGGCAGCAUCUAGAGGACGUCGUGGGCGAAAAUAAAGAAAUUUAUGGGAAUAUUUAUGGAAUUUAAUUUAGAAUAAAGCUUUAAAAUUGACAGUGACAUAA